GUAUUCAUUGUUAUAUUUGUGUUUCACUCGAGCGGUCAUGAAUGUGUUGUACAUAAAUACUUAAAUAACACAACCUCCUUCUUUUUUUAAGUCGGUUAAUAAAUGAAUGUUUGUUGCUAAAAUGUGAUACAUGUGUUGAAAAUGAGACAGUGUGUGGGAUAUAUUUUCAAUUUGAUUCAUAGAGUGUAUUUGUAUUUAUUAUCGUGGGUGGCUUAUUUUGUGUCCUUUUUUUACAAUGGCAACAAAGUAUCAGCGACGGCGCAGACGCGACAGAUCGACGUCGGCUCCCCCGUCGAAGGCGAGAAGAAGAAACACAACAAAAUCAAGACGUCCAAGUACACGCUCCUCUGGUUCCUGCCAAAGAAUCUAUCGGAACAGUUUCGGAGAGUGGUCAACUUCUACUUCUUGAUAGUCACCAUCAUCUCUAUUGUUAUUGACAGUCCAGUGUCUCCGUUCACGAGUAUUCUUCCCCUAAGCUUCGUGGUGCUGGUAACAGCUGUGAAGCAAGGCUACGAAGAUUGGCUAAGGCACAAGGCUGAUAACAAGGUCAACAAUCAGAUAGUCGAAAUAGUCCACAAAGGCGUGAUCAAUGAAGUUCGGAACUCCUCAAUCGCGCCUGGCACUCUUGUCCGAGUGCGGAGAGGGAAGGAGGUACCAGCGGACUUGGUGCUCCUCUGCUCUGCCGGGGACAAGGGAAAAUGUUACGUCACUACGGCCAAUUUAGAUGGAGAGACCAAUUUGAAGACUUUAAGAGUACCACCGCCUUUAGUCGGCUUUACUCCAGAUAUCCUCCCUCACGGUAUGAAAAUCGAGGUCCCCAACCCAGUCGCAGAUCUGUACACGUUCUACGGUCGCCUGGAGAUCCCUUACCAGGACAGUCUGGUACUGACUCCGGAUCACCUCAUGCUGAGAGGAUCCAGGGUUAAGAAUACUGAAUGGGCUAUUGGCUGUGCUGUUUAUACGGGUGAAGAAACGAAACUAGCACUUAACUCAAAAUACACAGGGAACAAAUUCUCUUCAAGCGAGUUGGCGAUCAACAAGUCUCUGCUAUGGUUCAUAGGGCUGCUAAUCGCUGAAAUAGUUGUAUCUUUGGUCGCAAAAUUAUGGAUAGAGCGACGGAACCGAGAGAGAGACCUGUACUUAGGACCUGGGAACCCAAUACCGGCUCCAUUUGGCAGUAUCCUACAAGAUCUGUUUUCUUUCUUACUGCUGUAUUAUUAUAUUAUACCAAUGUCUUUAUAUGUCACCAUUGAGCUGUAUAAGUUUAUUGGAUCACUAUUCAUAGCUUGGGACGAGGAUCUUCGUUGUGAAGAAACAGGAAGACCAGCGGCAGCCAACACAUCAGAUUUGAACGAAGAGUUGGGCCAAGUAGAAGUCCUUUUCUCGGACAAAACAGGGACUCUGACCAAAAACCUGAUGGUGUUCAAGUCAUGCUCCAUUAAAGGACUCAUGUAUGAAGAGAGGGAUUCUAAACUGUAUGAUGUGGAACGAUUUGAUGAACCCGUCGAUGUGUUUCAGACAGACAUCAAAUUCUUCUUCAAAAUCCUCGCUCUCUGUCACUCCGUACAAGUAUCGAACGAAGACAUGAAGAAACUCAGCGCCCGCCUCUCAGUCACAGGCAACAUGCAGCUAAUGAACUUCUUUAAAAGAAAAAAGAUUAAAACUAACAACACCAACGGGUCAGUCGUCGACAAUGUGACUUGGAACUCUAUUAUCAAUGAGAAUGGGAACAAAAUUGAUUAUCAAGCAAGUAGCCCUGAUGAGAAGGCGUUGGUUGAAGUAGCUGAGCGGUUUGAUAUAACUUUUCUUGGUGAAGAAGGAAAUGAUUUAGUUCUAAAGGUUGGGGAGCAUACUGAAAUGUAUGAGCGACUUCAGAUAAUUGAGUUUACUUCAGAAAGGAAGAGGAUGUCUGUUAUACUUCGGGAUAGAGAUGGGAAGAUUUGGUUGUACUGCAAAGGAGCAGAGAGUUCCGUGUUCCCUCUGUGCACGAACUACAGCUGUGUGCAGGAGACUGACCGGGACAUCAACAUAUUUGCCAACAAGGGUCUCAGGACGCUCGCUAUCGCGUACCGAGAGGUGCCUGAGGAGGAGUAUGAGAAGGUUGCUGAAGCAAUAAAACGGCUAGACGGUAAGAGCGCGGAAGCACUGCAACAGGUGACGCAACAGUACCGCACGCUGGAGAGAAACCUCACGUUGCUCGGCGCUACCGGCGUCGAGGACUGUCUGCAGGACAACGUCGCUGACACACUGGCCUCGUUGCGAGCUGCCGGAGUCAAGACUUGGGUGCUCACUGGAGAUAAGGUAGAAACAGCAAUCAACGUAGCCCAAUCAUGCGCGCAUAUAUCAGAAAACGACAGAAGAAUGUUUAUGAUCGGUAUAGAGGACAGCACGACGUUACAAGCUCACAUAGGGGAGUGUUCCCGGAUCAUUAACGAACCGAGUUACAGGGACCUGACUUUAGUUGUAGAUGGCACUAGUAUGACGCAAGUACUGGACACUGCAUAUGCGCCGGCGUUUGUCAAUAUUGCUAUAAAAUGUCAUGCUGUUUUAUGCUGUCGGUUGUCGCCUAUACAGAAGGCUAAGAUAGUAAAAUUAAUAAAGGAGAGUGACGAACGACCUAUCACUGCGGCCAUAGGAGACGGAGCCAACGAUAUAUCUAUGAUACAGGAGGCACACGUCGGCUUUGGGAUCCUAGGGAGGGAGGGGCAUCAGGCCGGGAGAUCUGCGGACUUCGCGAUCACGAAAUUCUCAAUGAUCAAGAAGAUUCUACUAGUCAUGGGACACUGGUACAACCAGCGGCUGGCGACGCUCAUACAAUACUUCUUCUACAAGAAUCUAGUCCUCGGGAACAUUAUGUUCCUAUUCCAAAUCCACACGGUGUUCUCGACGCAAUCUAUCUUCGACUCAAUGUACCUGACGUUCUACAACCUCGUGUUUACCUCCGUGCCAGUGCUACUGCUGUCUGUCACUGAACAGGCCUGGUCUUCAGAUGUGCUCUAUAACAACCCUUCCUUAUACAGCGGUAUAAAGAAGAACAAGUUGAUGUCGUGGCCGUACUUCGUGUCGUGGUGCAUCGCCGCCACGUACCACUCGCUCGUCAUAUACUGGUUCAGUUAUUUCGCCUUCAAGUAUUCUGUCAUCAAUCUUGAUGGAAAGCCUAUUGAUUUGUGGUGUUUCGGCGCAGUGACGUUCCACCUGCUGACAGUGAUAGUGAACCUGAAGCUGUGGCUCCACGCGCGCUACCACACGCUACUGUUUGUGUUGUCCGUCGUGCUAUCCAUAGUCGUCUAUAUACUGUUCAAUACUGCGUAUUCUUUUAUUUAUCUGCAAAUCGACGGCGAUGUCCUUGGCACGUAUAUAAGGUUACUUCAGUCUCCUGGCUUCAUGUUCCUCAACCUAGUUGUGGUGAUAGCCUGUCUACUGCCGGACUUUGUCGUCAGGAUCCUCUCCGAGCGACUCGUUAGGAUGAAGAUCUUACAACAACCCACCGAACCUGAUGUUUUUAUUACUAGUCUAUGAUAUAAUCAGGAAUAAAUUUGCCGCUGUAAGAAUAGCAGUAAGGAGGGAGUUAAUUGUUAUGUUAUCGGCUUACUCACGUAACUGUUUGACGAGGAACUCGACUAGUUUCCAGCCAUGCUAGAGACUCAUAUUCAUGAGCAACAUUCAGACUGAGUAAGCCGAUUACAUAAUAAUUAAAUUAGUAUGUCUCACGAAAGUUAUACUAAUAAAAAAUGGAGGAAGUUUUCCACCAGGCCGCUACUGUAGCGAAAGCUUUACCAAUAUAGUCUUUGGACAUAAAAUUUUUGACAGCUAUAGUGUUUAGAUAUGAUCUAAAGCUACAUAUGCGCCAUCUGGCGAAAAAAAAAACGAAUUACUAAGUUAAUGCAUUACCAUGGGAAAAUAAACUUUAUAUCAAAUGUCGUAGAGGCAAUAAUCAUGACUAUACAGAAUGAUUUUAUUAGUAAGAUCUAAAGCUAUAUAAGCGCCGCUGGUGAAAAAACAGUUGAUGCAAUACCAUGGGAAAAUAAACUUUAUUUCAAAUGUCGUAGACGCAAUAAUUUAUUAGUAAAAGUUUGACAUAACUCACAAAUAUUAUAAUGAAAUGAGUAUGAAAAUGAAAUAAUACGUAAAUAGAGUAAGAAUAAGGUAAGUUUUUGAGAAACGUAUGUGAUAUAUACAGGGUGUAGGUUAGACAAACUACAAGUUAUAUGAAACGAUUUUAUUGUGCUAUUGUAUCUAAUAUUUGGUGCAAUAACAAAAUAAGCCAAAGUUAACUAAAUAACUAGCUACGGUGCUGAUCGUAGCGGAAAAUGAAUGAAACUAUUUUUGUAGUCAAUUUUUGAACAGUAAAAAUACACCCUAAAUUAUAGACAAAUUGGAUAAUUGUAAAUAGAUACUAUAAGGUCAAUUGUUUAAAGUUUAAUUAAAGUGAGAUAAUUUAUUAAUUAUAUUUGUUAGUGUGCAGAAUGAGUACCUAUUUUAAACUCAAUUAAGUUAUAUGAUUUUGUUGAGUAAGUAAAUUAACUAAAAAUAACGAUUUACUCACGUAAAUACAUUGAGAAAAGCUCUACUCGUUUCGAGUCACAGAAGGACUCUUCCUCAUGAGCAGCGUCUGCGGACGUCACGCAGCCUAUACUGAUAUACAUUACUGACCUACUAGCAUACUGGUCAGUAGUAGAACUCAGUGGAUAAACCGUUAUUUUUAGUUAAUUUUGUUAGUUAACGAUAGUUAUUAUAAAACAUUUACCGCCGUACUCAGAGUCAUUUCAGUCAGUCAGUCCUUAGCAAUUGUUUUCGAUACAAAAUCGUUACUAAGGAAAUGUUUAAGUAAUCAUUAAAUGACUCUGAGUACAUUAUAACUAACUUUUGGCCUGUAAACUAGGCUAAAAAUUAUGUAUAUUUUGGAUAUAGUAUUAACUGUGUUUUACUAGUCCAAAUGUCAUAUUUCGGGUAAUAAAUGAAUGUGAUAAACCAUUUAGAUUUAAUAGUUUAAUUAAUGAUGAUUUGUGAGAAAGUUGAGUGCACAAUGAUUUCUUGAUGAGUCCCUCUCGGUUAUUAAUUUAAUUUUCAUCGCACUAAUACAUAUUAUAAAGUUUGUUUGUAUGUUUGUCCGUCAAUCACGCUGAAACUACUGAACGGAUUUUAAUGAAAUUGGAUAUUUUUUAUACAAGGGAAAACAGGUGAAGCCGCUGGCAGAAACUAGUAUAAAGUAUAGCUGAAAAUGUCUUGUUCCGUGUCUACUCUCUAAGACAGUCCAGAUUUUUGUGAUAAUUAUAAUAGUUCCAACGCAUAUUUAAUUAUAUCAUUACUCAGUGGUCUUAUAAUGUGUGAUGAAUCAAUGAUAUGUAAUGAUAUCAUUGAUUGCUUUGACGGAUACGUUCAAAAAUCGUUCCAUGACUUACCCAUGUACAGAAUUUAGGUAAGUAGGCACCUAAUUAUGUAAGUAUAUAAAAAAACUCACAGAAACUCACAGAAACUAUAUAAAAAAACCGAACAGAGUACCUUCUCCAUUUUUUGAAGUCGGGAAAAAUAAGAAGUUGGUAAAAAAAUAUAAUUAUUUUACUAAUGUGAGUAGGUAAACUAUGUGCAUUUCAAAAAUGAAUUGUAGAAUAAAUUAUUAUUACAGAUAUUUUUAGAAUAUUAAUAAAUCUUGUUUAUUAGGUUUAUUUAAAGUUUAAGUACAACAUUCUUCUGUACAAAUAAAUAAUUUAUUGCGAAAAAUAGUGCGUUUAGUAGUCAGAAGCACAUUUUUCUUUAAUGACAAAUGAAUUACCUAUUUAGUUUAUGUAGGAUAGUGUAAGAUUUACCUCGCAUAAGUGAUGUACAUAUUGUGUGUUAGAUAAAUUAUUAUUAUUAACAUAAAACAUUAAAAUAGAUUUUUUAUAAA